UUGACACGAUCACGGAAGACGCGGAAGACGCACGGAUAUUUAAACAACAUUAAAUGUUAAUGUUUUUAAUAAAGUCCAACUCAGAUAAUCUCACGCCCAGGAUCUAUCGAUAAGGAAGUUUAAAGUUUUUUUUAAAGCUGAAGAAGGAAAAGUCCGAACACGGAAAUGAGAGCUGGCAGGUCUGCGUGUCUCUGCUGGAGUUUACUGUCUGUCUGCGUCCUGCUGGUCUCUGCAGACCGCAAAAUCAUCACAGCGGAUAGUGGACAGACUGCCACUCUGCCGUGUCGAGGUCCGAACAGCGACAUCAUAGGUGUGGAGUGGAGCAGAGCUGACCUGAAGACACAAUAUGUCCUUUUGUACCGGGACGAGCAGCUCGAUCCAACAAACCAGCAUCCGAAUUUUAAGGACCGGGUGGAUCUGCAGGACAGACAGAUGACGGAUGGAGACGUGUCUCUGAUUCUGAAGGAUGUGAAGACUGAGGACACAGGAACAUAUGAGUGUCGUUUGUUAGAUGGGAAGUCCAUCAGCAGCAUCUACCUGAGAGUUGUUGAUCCUCCAGGUCAGACAGGAGGACAGAGUGGAGAUGGAGGGAAGGAGGAUGGAUUUGUUGGACUGAGAGCUGGUCUGCCUCUUCCUGUGAUGUUCAUCAUUGCUGGCGUAUUUUUAAUUUACCGAAAACAUAAAAAACGCAGGCGUCACGGUUUGUACUAUCAUGUGUGAACUGAAACUCUUUGUUGCACUACAUGAAGCAGGAAAAUGGUGGAGCGGUUUACAGUGGAGAUGUGGCCAUUACUUUUAUUUAUUUUUUGCACAGAAGGACAACAGAACAAUGCUAAACUGCAGUAUCCUGCUAACAGAACCUUGGCUCUUUGCAACCAUUUGCACAGACAGCAUGCUAACACUAAGUUAGCCAAUAACACAGAGUGUUGCUGAAAGUGGGUGUAUGCUGACCCCAGCCCAGCAGCCAGAGUCUGAACUUGAACAGGUAACAAAGGCAGAGAUGAUGAAAUUGGUGUUUCUACCUGUCCGUGUUUCUAUAGUAGAGCAGCUGUGGUGAUCACUUUGAAGUCAUCUUUGCUUUGUGUUGAAACCUGAAUAAUAAAAGAAAGAUCAUACGUGUGUCCUCAUUAGGACAGGGAUUUUUGUUGAUGUGUGGGACUCGGUGUAAUGACACCAAAGCUGGUUAUAAGACACAAACACAAGAAUCAAACUGAGCUGUUAAGAGUUUAUGACAGAAACUGAGUAAUUUGUCAUGUGAUCACAUGAAGUCAGAUUAUAUCAAGUAAUUAAUAGACAUGGAACUAUUUUUUCUUCUCUCCAUUAAGUGUUUUCUCUUAAAGGUGAAGCUAGUUUUCCUCUCUAUGAAUUAUAAUGUAAAAUGUCCUGUUUUUACAGUUUUGUAAACAAAGCUUUAUAUUUUAUGCGCUAAUGCUAACAAAAACUGUUUCAUUUGUGAAUGUGAAGAUAUCCUGUAAGUUGUCAGAUUAAUGUAGCUAUUACAGUAAAAUGACUCUUUGCACAGAUAAA